AUGCCUUUUAUUCAUCGUCCUCAUUCUUGUGAAAAUUCUUCCAAUCUUCAUUUAUCUGAAAAUGAGAAUCCUUGUGUUGAUAAUAUUCUCUGGCUCUUUCGUGUUUCCUCCCUCAAACAUCUUUACCUCGGUGACAUGGGUUUUCAAAAAGAAAUAGAUUGGCUCCAAUCAGCGACUCUCCUUUCUUCAUUCACAGAGUUGUCCUGGGAUGAUUGGCUGGGCCAACUUGAACAUCUACAAGAACUUAUUGUCGAUAGAAAUAUAUUUUCUGGUCCUAUUCCUUCAACUUUAAGAAGUUUGUCAUCCUUGACUGCCUUGGAUGUUAGCUCAAACUACUUGAAGGAUAUUCUUCCAGAAAGUCUUGGAAAUCUGUCAUCCUUGACUACUUUGGAUGCUAGCUCAAACUACUUGAGUGAGUCUUCCAGAAAGUUUUGGGCAACUCUUGAACUUGGAGGCGUUAGAGCUCCACUUCAAAAGAACCGCAGAGACCAACAAGACAUGGAACCCAUUAAAGGAAAUGACAGUGAAGAAGAUGAAUCUCUAUCUGCAUUCUACUUUGGGUUAGGAGUUGGAUUUGCCACGGCUUUCUGGGGAGUCAAUAUUGCUAUUUUCUUCAACAGGAAUUUUAGGCAUUCUUACAUUAGAUUCCUCUAUCACAUAUCACAUCAGAGACAAACUUUAUGUUAUAAUAGUCCUUCGGAUGAACUGUUUCCAUCGUUGGAUACCUACUUGGCAUUGUGGCUAGGUGGCAACAAUCUUACUGGUACUGUUCUCCCAUCAAUCAGUUUCUUAUCUAAUCUCAAGAUUUUGCAUCUCAAUAACAACAACUUCUUUGGAGAGAUACCAAUGUCACUGAAAAAUUGCCAGAACCUGCAGAUCCUUGAUGUUGCAGAAAAUAAAUUUUCAGGAUUCAUACCAAACUGGAUAGGUCACAAUGUAAAGAUUAUCCAAUUUAGAUCCAACCAAUUCAGUGGAACUAUCCCAUCAGAGGUAUGCCAGUUGGAAUCUCUUACAAUAUUGGAUUUUGCAAAUAACAAACUCUCAGGUUCAAUACCUAGUUGCUUACAUAAUAUGACAGCCAUGAGACAAGCUGCUUCAAGUAAUGUGGUUAACAACUUUUGUGGUAGAAUAUUGUGUUCAAAUUCUAUAUAUGGAGACAAUGUUGAGUUGCAUAUAAAAGGCCUUGAACUAAUCUAUGAAGAAAAUGUAAAGUUGUUGCGUGCUAUUGAUCUAUCAAGUAAUUAUAUGUCUGGAACAAUACCUCCAGAAAUGUUUAGUCUCAGUGAAUUGCAUUCCUUGAACUUGUCCCAUAAUCAAUUAGAAGGAAAUAUAUUGAGAGAGAUUGGAAACUUGAAACAAUUAGAAUCUCUUGAUCUUGCACACAAUCAAUUUUCAGACUUUGUGGUGCUCCACUUCCAAAGAAUUGCACACAAAGAUGUUAAGCCCACUGAAGGAAAUUACAGUGAAGAAGAUGAAUUUCUAUCUUCCUUCUACAUUGGGAUAGGAGUUGGAUUUGCCGUGGCCUUUUGGGGAGUCUGUGCUGUCAUUUUCUUCAACAACAAUUUCAGUUUCUUGCUCCUCAUCGGGUCUUCUAGGCUGAGCAUUGCAAAGGAGGACGAAGUGAUGCUGUUGAAGGCAUAUUAUAAGUGA